AUGGACGACAAUGAUAGAGCCAUCUCGCGCUUGUUUAGGACAUACAAGACCGUGAAAGAAAUGGUCAAGGAUAGAGGAUACUACAUCUCCCAAGAGGAGCUUGACAUGACGUUGGAACAAUUUCGAGCUAAGGUUUGCAACACUAUGGGAGAGCCACAGCGUAAGCUCAUGUGCUUUCAAGCAACACCUACUGCUGAACAAUUGGAUAAAUUCCCCGACAUGGGUUCACUUUGGGUUGAAUUUUGCGAUGAAGCCAGUGUUGGUAUCAAAACAAUGAGAAAUUUCUGUAUACAUAUAAGUGAAAAGAAUUUCAGUGUUGGUAUAUUCAUUUAUCAAAAUGGAAUAACUCCUAGUGCAAACAAGUUGAUCCCCACGGUACAGCCAGCAACAAUCGAGACUUUCCAAGAGAAUGAUUUGAUUGUAAAUAUAACUCAUCAUGAAUUGGUGCCAAAGCAUAUCAAGUUGAGUAGAGACGAAAAGAAGGAAUUGUUAGAGAGAUAUAGGUUAAAAGAGUCGCAGUUGCCGCGAAUCCAAAGAGAAGACCCAGUUGCUCGUUACCUUGGGUUGAAAAGAGGUGAAGUGGUGAAAAUCAUUAGAAGGUCAGAAACCUCUGGACGUUAUGCAUCAUAUAGAAUCUGUUUGUAA